AGUGUUGUAGUGACAACAAAUGAACUGAGCUCUCUCAGUCAGUGUCUACAUCUAAUGUCCGUAGACAUGUUUAUGUGACUGAGUAGACUUUUUGGAAGAAUAGGGAUGGAUGUGACAGAAACUAGAGAGAGGCAGAGAAAACCUGGCCUCUCAUCUGAGAGUAAUGAAGGACGAAGGAGGUGGUCUUGGGGAAUGUGGAUGGCUGGCAAAUGGACAUCAUCCCCUGCAACUGUCCUAAGCAAGGAACAGGCCACAAAGGAAGAAGAGAGGCUGACGAAAGAGCUGGAGCUCAGUACCCAGGAGAGAAACGAGCUGAGAGACCGCUUGAUCUAUGUCACAGAGGGAUCCAUGAACAAGAGACCCUAUUACAGCCCAAAUCCACUGUAUGAAAGAUUGAAGUUAAAGGAGAAGACGAUCAUGACUUUCCUGCACAAAUUAGAGAUGGACAACAUUGAGUUCCAUGAGAACUGCCAGGAGCACAAGAAGGAGAUUAACUUCUAUAGAAACCUGCACAGUCGGCUCCUGUUGCAGAAUUCUCUUGUAAAGAAGACAUUGGCCACACUGAAGCAGGAUUGCAAGGAUUUGCAGGCUGAUUGGUACCUCCUCCAACAGUACUUGAUUGAGUUGAACCUGAAUGGUGAAGAUGAACAGGAGGAGACCAACAACCUCCAGGAACAACGACAUCAGGUCUCAGAAACUGCAGGAGAGCUGGAAUUGGCUACAUCCCAGGAAGAGAGCCUCCUAAAGAAUGAGUUGCCACCUCAGGAGCCCCCUGCUGAGCUCCAGCCUCAACAGCCAGAGAGUUCCUUGGAUGAGUCUCCUUCCUCACAGUUCAUAUCUUCAGUGUGAAUAGGCCCAAACCAUGCAGCCAGAGAGACAGCCUGGCUGAUUCAGGGUCUUUUCCUCUUUCCUGUGUGACCCCUUGAGAGAGAAUGAGGUGACUGCCAUACCAUCAUUGGGAUAUUAAAUGUUCUUGAUUUUCAUUUUUGCUAAUGUGUUUCACAGUUCAUAUUAGCCUUCAUUUUAAAGCCUGUUUUGGAAAAUUGUUUCUUAUGAAUAAAAAAUUAAAUUGU